ACUCAACAAGCUGCAGGUGACUUCAUGAGAAACUAUUUCCUUCUGGAUCACAUGACUGCUUAAAACCUGAGCACCAAACAAAAUAAAAAUAAAAAUGCACAAAAUAAUUAAUUUGACUGUCAGGGAUGUGAGAUUCCCGACGUCUUUGGAGCAACACGGCUCAGAUGCGAUGCACACCGACCCGGAUUAUUCGGUCGCAUAUGUGGUCAUCGACACGGACUCAGGGCUGAAAGGCUUCGGCCUCACGUUCACUCUGGGAAAAGGCACAGAGAUUGUGGUGUGUGCUGUGGAGGCCCUGGCAGGACUGGUUGUUGGGAAAUCCUUGCAGGAGAUUGUGAACGACUUUCGGGGAUUUUACCGCCUCCUGAGCAGUGACAGUCAGAUGAGAUGGUUAGGUCCAGAGAAAGGGGUGAUCCACUUUGCCACUGCUGCUGUCCUGAAUGCCGUGUGGGACCUGUGGGCGAGAGCAGAAGGCAAGCCGCUCUGGAAGCUGCUUGUUGACAUGGAUCCAAAGCAGAUUGUGUCCUGCAUUGACUUCAGAUAUAUCACCGAUGCGCUUACAGAGGAGGAGGCUCUAGCCAUACUCGUAAAAGCACAGGAGGGGAAGCAGCAGAGAGAGGAUCAGAUGCUGAAGGAGGGUUAUCCUGCCUACACCACCUCCUGUGCAUGGAUUGGAUACUCAGACCAGCAUCUCAAACAGCUCUGCACAGAUGCACUUAAAAGCGGUUGGACCAAGUUCAAGGUGAAAGUCGGUGCUGAUCUAGAGGAUGACAAACGCAGGUGCCGCAUCAUACGGCAAAUGAUUGGACCCAAUGCCACUUUGAUGAUCGAUGCCAACCAGAGAUGGGACGUAGCCGAGGCCAUCAGCUGGGUGACGAGCCUGGCUGAGUUCAAACCUCUUUGGAUCGAGGAGCCCACGUGUCCGGAUGACAUCCUGGGUCACGCUGCUAUCUCCAAGGCUUUGGCUCCGCUCGGGAUUGGGGUGGCAACAGGAGAACAGUGUCACAACAGGGUGAUGUUUAAGCAGUUCCUCCAGGCCUCGGCCCUGCAGUUUGUCCAAAUAGACAGCUGUCGGCUGGGUAGUGUCAACGAGAACCUGGCCGUGCUCCUGAUGGCCCACAAGUUCCAGGUGCCGGUCUGUCCUCACGCUGGAGGAGUCGGUCUCUGCGAGCUCGUCCAGCAUCUGAUUCUGUUCGACUACGUCUGUGUGUCUGGAAGUCUCAGCAACCGAAUGUGUGAAUAUGUCGAUCACCUGCACGAACACUUCACCAGUCCUGUGGUGAUUUGUGACGCGCACUACAUGACCCCCAAGGAUCCAGGAUAUUCUUGUGAGAUGCUGGAAUCAUCAGUGCAGAAACACCAGUACCCUGAAGGAGACGUGUGGAAGGUGCACAUGAACAGAUGAAGGCUGCAAUAUGACAUUUCUUUUAGGCUCCUGUUAGGUCUGCACUGUAUAAAUCAAGCUGACGCACAUGUAAAGCCUUUAUUUACAAACUAGAUAUUGACAAUAUUUAAAAUAAGGGAAAUUUAACUUUGCUCCAAGUAACUAAAAACAUUAACAGAUCAACUACAGAAAUCCCAGUACCAGUGGAGAUUUGUUUUUUUACACUUACACAGUACUUUUCUGUGAUAACUUCAAAAUUCUACACACACCAUGUUUAUCACCAUUAAAAAUGAGAUUCUUUUAAACAGC